AUGUCUUCCAAACACAUCCAAGACAUCCUCGAGGCUGUCCCCGCCCGCUACCGCGGCCCCGGGGGUGCCGUGGCCGUGCUGCAGGAGGGUCGCCUCGUGGCACAGCACGCCUGGGGGUACGCCGACCUGCAGGCUCGGACGCUCAUGACGCCCGCCACCCUGAUGCCCGUCUGCUCCAUCACCAAGCAGAUGGUGUGUCUGAUCCUGACCGACCUCGCCCGGAACCCCACGCCCGCCAUGGUCCAGCGGGGCAGUCCCGGGUCGCAGCAGCUGGCCGACGCCCUGGACCAGAUCCUCCCCCGCGCCCUCCCCCGCGACCCCGGCGGCCUGCAGCUGGAGCAUCUGUGCCACAACCAGUCCGGCCUCCGGGACUACUGGGCCAUGUCCGCCCUCUGGGGGUCGCGGCCGGACGCGCGCUUCACCGUCGCCGACGAUGCCCGCCAGGCCCUCGACCGGACCCGCUCCCUCCACUUCGAGCCCGGCACCCAGUACGCCUACUGCAACCUGAACUUCCACAUCCUGGCGCGCGUCGCCGAGACGGUCAGUGGCCAGUCCCUGGGCGACCUGCUCGCCGACCGACUCUUUGCCCCGGCGCGGAUGGCCACCGCCGCCCUGUGCCCGGACAACGCCGCCCUCCCCCCGCCGUGCGUGGGCUACGAGGGCGACGAGGCCGGCGGCUUCGUGCCGGCCGUCAACCGCAUGCAGUGGUCGGGCGAUGCCGGGGUCGUCGCCUCCCUGGAGGACAUGGUCGCCUACGAGCAGUACCUGGACCGCUCGUGGGACGACCCCGGCAGCCUGUACCGCGCCAUUGCCGACGCGCCGUCCUUCAAAGACGGCACCCCGGCGCGAUAUGGCUACGGCCUGGAGCACCGGCGCGUCGGGUCGGUGCCGGUGAUCGGACACGGCGGAGCGCUGCGAGGCUUCCGUCUGCACCGGUUCCAGGCGCAUUCGGAACGGAUGGCCGUGGUGGUGAUGCUCAACCACGAGCGGGACGCCGAGGAGGUGGCCGGCCAUAUCCUGAGCGAAGCCCUGCGGCUGCCGACGCCGCGGGGCUCGACCGUCCAGCCUGCAGCCGGCUGGACAGGCACGUUCUUCGACCCGGAGGCGCGGCUCAUCGCGCAGACUCGUCCAGGCGGUCCGGGUCGCGCCAUCGUCUCGUACGCGGGCGCCGACGAGGUGGUCGGCCUGCUGCGCGCCAGCCACGGCGAAUCCAGCACCCUGCAGGCAUCACUCACCCACGGCGGCGAAACCCUGGUGCUGCACCGUCUCGAGGACAACCGACACAUCCGGGCCCAACGCAUCCCCGCCGGCCAGGCUCCCCCCCGGGAUGGCGACGGCCACGGCCACGGCUACACGGGCCGGUAUCACUGCGCGGACGUCGACUCGACCUUCCACUGCACCGGGGCGGGCGGGAUGCUGUACGGCUCCUUCGACGGCUAUCUGGGCGAGGGUCCGGCGCAUCUGAUGCGGUAUGUGGGCCAGGACAUCUGGGCGUUGUCCUGUCCGCGCGGCUUGGAUGCCCCGGCGCCGGGGGACUGGACCCUGGUCUUUCAAAGAGACAAGGGGGGGAGGGUGGUCGGGGUGGAAAUGGGGUGCUGGCUGGCGAGGGGGGUGGUGUACGCGAGGCAGUGA